CGCGGGUGAUAAGCGCCAGUUGAAAACACACCGCGGGCCGGUGAUGACGUCCGAUAUGGACAAAGAUAAACCAAAACCUGCCGUCAGACGACCUGAUGUCUUGAGGAAGCUAAACGCCGAUAGUUUGUAUAUGAUCGAACGAGGUCUGCUGGGAGACCUUCCAGACAAACUCAAACCACCACCAAUAGUGCCGUCCAGAGCCCAGAUAAACGAUCUUGCUGUCGCCAAACCAUCUGGGCUGUUAUCAGCAUGUCUGCCCAUCCCAGAUUCACCUGUAUCAGACAGAGUGAGUUCUUCCGAAGAUGAAAGCAAAGUCGAAGGUUCCCCGUUGAAGAAAACAUUCAGCUUCCGCGAUAGGCUGUCAAGAAUAAGUUUUUUCAACAAAGACAGAGACAAAGAUAAAGAUAAAGAAAAACCAAAAUGGAAAACCAUCGUGGAAGACGAGAAGAAUGAAGACCCAAUAGUGAAUCAUGGACCAUUAAAGCUAGCUCCGAGGAGGUCCGACACAAAAGCAGAACAGGAUUACAAAAGUAAUAAGCGUUUUUGGUUCUUCAGAAGCAAAGAGUUAGAGAAAAGGGAAAAGGGUCAUAGGCCCGUCUACAUGCGUAGCAAGAGUUUCGAAUUUCUACCAAGAGCUUUGGAAGAAGAUGAGGAUGAAAUAUCACCAAGAAUAAAGAAAAACAUCUACCCCUUCGGCAGUAGGGAUACUAUGGGCGAUGCUUGGACAUCGAACGAGAGCCUCGAAUACUUAGCUAACAUCUACCAUGACAGUGACGACGGAGUGUGCCUUAAAAGUAUUAAAGAAAUAGCUUCAGAUCUCUCGUAUAAUAAUUCUAGUACAUCGAUCCCAACUUCGGGAUCAAGUGUUGCUAAUGUUAAGAAUAUUUUGAAGACAGAGUCAGUUGAGGAUGUUUUCAAAGAGUUUAAGAAAGCGGUUGAACUAUUCAGUGAGAAUUAUUUGAGUGACUGUGAGCCGUAUACAAAGACCAAGGAUUUGACGGUCGAGCAGAAGAGAAAGAGUUGUUCGUUUACAACGUUGCCGUCUCCGAAAGUGGUGCAAGUGGUGCAAUGCAAUAAAGUGGGUGAGGCUAGUGAAGACUUCAAGAAAGAGUUGUCUAGAGUGUUGAAUCUGAAACGUGAAGUGCGGUCUCCGUCGGCCAGGAGAGGUUCAGUAACGGACUGGUUUGUGCUAGAAGACAAGGCAGCUUCUGCCAGCGCUGGCGCUGGUGUUACAUCAGUGCCGGAAUCUAACAAAUACAGGAGGGGAAAGAAGAAAGAUAUCAACCGAGUUCGAAGAAUCAGCUCUACGAAAUAUUGGAUAACGCCAGAAGAAUGUGCAGUAUACAGCAGAGAUCAGAGGCCGCCUCUGGUCAUCCCCCGCAUCACACAGUACAGGAACCCUAGACCGAGGGCACAGCCCUUUGGACAAGGGUACCAUGAGGAGGAUGAAAUUCCAGAACAAGGGUCCCUUAAAGGACGAGGAUAUGAACCUCUCCACAACUGGAGUCCGACUUCGGAGCGGAGUCGGCCAGAUCUGGACAUCAUGUACAAUAAAUCCAGCUCUGACAGUCCACCUUUCGUCAGGAUUAAUAAAAGAUUGGGAGGGUCUACGGAAAAUCUUCUGACCAACGUCAGAAGACCGAGCCACCUGCUUCUCCCAGCUUCAUCGUCUGGGGACAGCCUGGACGUGGAAAUCCGGGAGAGGGAACCACAUGCCAGGAACAGAAAAUCUAGGUCCAUGGUCGCUCCGAAGAAUCGGUUACAGUCUCCCAUUCCUGCUCCCAGGCAUACACUUCAACAAGAGGUGAUUCUAGAGGGUCCAGUCAAACGAACCAAGUUCCUGGAAGGUACGAAGAAGACCAAAAAGAACUGGAUAGACUGCUACAUGGUUCUCACACCUACUGCUCUAGUCUUUUACAAAGACCAGAGGACGUAUUACUCUUCAAAGGUAUCUCGACCACCUGGCACGCCUCCUAGUCCAUCCACACCACAAGCAGAGCUCGUACUGGCGUUACUCAACGCUCAUGCUACACAGUGUAUUCAAAAACACACGAAAAGGUACGCACGAUCUAUCCUGCUCAUCGUAGGCUACGACCAGUACCUGAUCCAGGAUGAGACUGAGGAUGGAGCCAGGAAGUGGUUCGCACACAUUCGAGGCGUUAUUUUUGCCCUGUACCAAUGCAGUCUACCAGGAGGUGACUCUCCAACCUUCACUCACAGCAACGCAGACGCCGACAGCCUAGGCAGGACCCCACCCACCGCCCGACACGCCAUCAGGAACAAACACAAAGCUGGAGGGAGUAGCAAUGAGGAUUCGAGCGACUCAACAGAAGUUUCUAUUCAGAAAUCACAAGUGAGGAGUAAAUUAAGAAAAUUCUUCGCGAAAAGACCACCCGUGGACCAACUAAUGAGGAAAGGAAUAUAUAAAGAUGAGCCAGUAUUCGGACGGAAUUUGGAGGAGGUAUGUCCAGCUACGAGCCCUCGAGUGCCAGAAUUCGUUGUGGCGUGUGUGAAAGAGAUAGAGAGACCUGACAAUAUGUGCACUGACGGAUUAUAUCGAGCCAGUGGCAAUUUGAGUCAGGUCCAGAAGAUACGAUUAGAGGUGGACCAGAACAAGAUGUCGGUGAUCCAGAACAACACAGACAUCCACGUGCUCACAGGUUCUCUGAAGCUGUUCUUCCGAGAGCUGAAGGAGCCACUCAUACCUUGCUCCAUGUUCGACAGGGUCCUCGCUGCAUGUUCAAUCAAACCAAAAGAAGCAAGAAUCAAGGAGUUCCAAGAGAUCGUGAAAGCGUUACCACCCUGCAAUAGAGACACACUGAAGUUCUUAUUAGAACAUUUGAUAAAAGUAACUGAAUACAAAGAACAGAACAGAAUGCACACAGCGAACCUAGCAAUUGUCUUUGGGCCUACACUCCUUUGGGCGCCGCCAGAGCAGGCUCACAACAUAGCGGUAGACUGCAUCCAACAAAACAAUGUCGUAGACAUCCUACUAACAGACUUCAAGGAAAUAUUCGUAGAUAAUGGAAGUAAAGGCAAGAAGAAAGCGUGAGCACAACUCUACGGGUAGUGCUGCCAACCCCAAAAUUGGUUAUUGUACCAAAAUAAGUUGCCAGAUGCGAAAAAUUCACACUAAACAGUAGUAUUUACGUUUCUGAACUGAAAUAAAUAAGUACUCCUUUAUACAUAUAAAACGAUGUUUUUUCGAUCGCUUCUGCACUUAUUCUGGGGAAGUUGUCAUGUUGAGAUUGCGGUUAUUUAAAUAUGACAAUGACCAAUCAUUCCCAAGGGUUAUUUUUUGUGAAAACGCUAGCUAUAAUAGUGUAUUGUGGGUGGAUAGUGCUAUAUAUAGUGUGAAAGACCCUAUUUUGUGUAUAUAGAUGAAUGUAUGAUAACUACAAAUAUUGAAGCCUUAGAUUUAUUCGUUAUUCGGUAUGAUCUCUGUUGCUUACAAAAAACCUUAUUUGAUAUAAACUUGCGAUUUGAACAGUCUGACCGCCAUUUUGAAUAAUAGACGCCAUGUUUUUAAAUUGACAUAUUCUUUGUUGUGGUUGUCAGACUUCAAAAUAAUUGUAUUUUAUUAAAUAUAAUCAAAAUUAUAUUAAAUUAACUACUGAAUGAGAGUUGUGAUUGUGAAGCAAUAUGAUACGGAAAGACUGUCCGAGGCUAGAGAUAAAAAUAAUAUAUUCAUAUAACUAUUUACUUUGUAGAUUAAAAAAAUAUAAAAAUU